AUGGCUAUUCGCCAUUGUAUUGAGCUUGGAUAUCACCGGAGCACGGAUAAAUUCCACCGGAACCUCGAUACAUUAGCAAAGGAAAUGAUCAAACGAUGCUUUUGGGUUGCAUAUGAUCUCGACCGAACUGCGGCAUUCACCCUUGGAAGACCCUUGGGCAUACCAGAAGAGUGCAUCGACGUCGAGCUCCCUGCGAAUGUUGAUGAUGAAUAUAUCACCGCUUCCGGUUAUUCUUGUCACCUAGCACAGUCUAGUAGCGAAACACCAACGACGAUAACUGGUGCAAUUCACGUCAUCCGCCUUCGAAAACUUUGGGUGAGAUUUGACCAAGAACUCUACUCGAAAAGAGGGCUUGAUUCGUCUACGAGAGCUACGAGACUGAACACUCUCCGACACGAUCUGGACCAAUGGCGACUUAGUACUCCAGACCCGUACCCUACCGCUAACUACCAACCCUUGUCCGUAUUCGUCAGCGCUGAAUGGUUUCAGCUGGCAUACGAUCACUCCAUCCUCCUGCUAUAUCGCCCAUAUAUGAUCAGCGGCGCAGAUGCUGGUCGAGAAAAUACGGCGUUUUUCAUUGGCGAGGGGCGCCAGGAUAUCGACGAGUCAUUGGCUAUUGAAAGGGCUUAUGAAGAAUGUUCUGUACGUUCUCGCGAGAUCUGUCUCCUCUAUCGAAAGCUUCAUCGCGAGUAUGGGGUACAAUUUACGUGGGGGAGCCUUCACAUCCUUUUUCUUGCGAGCUUGACCUAUCUAUACUGUCUGUCAAAGUCGCCGCGAGUCCAGCAGUUGACUAGACAGGGAGAGGUCAGUAGCACAUGUAUGGCAUGCUCAACAGUACUGUCCGUCAUGGCCGAGAGAUGGAGGGCGGCUGCGCCGUUUCUGGACUUGUUUGAGAAGCUUGCAGAGGCCACUAUCAACAAGCUUUUUGCAAACGGAUACUUCAGGCCAGCUGAGAAGACCCCAGUCAAAACUUCGUCCUUAGAUCUCUCACAAGUACAUGUUUCCGAUGAGUCUGAAAUUUUGAUCCAAUCACUUUGGCAGGAACAGGAUGAGAUUCAGUUUUCCACGGCGGCAGACUUCGACGCGGGAGGCAUAUUUGCAUCGUUAACCACUGAUGUUGCAGAUUCCCCUCGAUAA